AUUGGGAGAAGUAUGGACCGUGACAUCCAACUGGAAAACCAUUUAUAGGAAAAUAAACAUUUCACACUCACAAAUCGGACAGCGAAAUAUGCACUAGAUCUCUCCCGCAGAUCCCAAUUCCUAACGCCAAAUUCUUCGGAUCUUCGAUAUGGCGUCAUCACGGCGUCUCCGGGACCUCCAAUCGCAGCCAGGAAACAAGACCUGCGUCGAUUGCUCACAGAAGAACCCUCAGUGGGCCUCUGUAUCCUAUGGUAUCUUCAUGUGCUUAGAGUGCUCCGGCAAGCACCGGGGUCUCGGUGUUCAUAUCUCCUUUGUCCGAUCUGUCACCAUGGACUCAUGGUCUGAGAUCCAACUCCGAAAAAUGGAGUCCGGCGGCAACGAGAAACUCAAUAGCUUCUUCUCGAAGUAUGGGAUUCCGAAAGAGACGGAUAUUGUGUCGAAGUAUAAUACCAACGCUGCUUCGGUUUACAGGGACAGGAUCCAAGCCCUAGCUGAAGGCAAAUCCUGGCAGGACCCACCGAUUGUGAAGGAAAGCUCGAUUAAAAACGGUGGUAGUAAGAAGCCUCCGUUGUCGGCCAGGAGUGGCGGAAGGGGUGGAAAUAGUGAAGGUUGGGACAGUGAUUGGGGGGAUAGUAGCUUUGAUGAAAGAGGAUUCGGAUCUCCGGAUAACAUGCGAAAGAAUCAGAGCGUUGGAGAUUUUAGAACCGGUGGUAGUGGCGGUGGGAUGCCGGCUAGGUCAAAAUCUACCGAUGAUAUGUACACGCGGUCGCAAUUGGAGGCAUCUGCGGCGGGAAAAGAGGGAUUUUUUGCGAAGAAGAUGGCAGAGAACGAGUCGCGACCUGAGGGAUUGCCUCCGUCUAAAGGCGGCAAGUAUGUCGGAUUUGGAUCAUCUCCUAAUCCGAUCCCACGGCCCAACGCACAAGGGGAUGUUCUUUCUUCCGUUACUCAGGGACUUGGUAAGUUAUCCAUUGUUGCUGCUUCUGCUGCUAGUGUUGUUCAAGCUGGCACAAAGGAGCUCACAACCAAGGUCAGAGAUGGGGGCUAUGAUUACAAAGUGAAUGAAACAGUGAAUGUUGUGACUGCAAAAACAACAGAAAUUGGACAAAAGACAUGGGGAAUCAUGAAAGGUGUCAUGGCAUUUGCUUCACAGAAGGUUGAAGAGCUCACCACAGAAAAUCCCAGCUGGCAAAGAAAUGAAACACAGGGAAAUGGGUUUUAUCAGGAGUUUGGACAGGAACACAAAGGGUUGAAUUCUAAUGGAACUUCCAAUUCCAUUCCAUCGUCUGCCGGAAUCAGCGAUUCCGUUGGCUCAUCUGGCAGAAAUUCCAACUCUUGGGAUGAUUGGGAUACAGAUGGCAAUAGGAAGCAUGUGUCCACCACACCAACUGCAACUAAUGAUGAUGACUGGGCUGGAUGGGAUGACCAUGACCCUAAAGAUGAUGGGUAUGACAGUUUCUACAAGACCCCAUCUUCUGAGGGUAAAACUGGAAAAUCAGAUGGAAAUUGGUCUGGGGCAGGUUUUCUUUAAGAAUGUCUUGGAAGGAAUGGAAUCUAUCAAAGGAAUUGUAAUCCCUCAUGCUUUUGGUUGGGAGGAAAUGAAAUGAAAUUCAAUAACUAAAAAUGAAUCAUUUUUUUAAAAUUUUCAAAUAUAACUAAAAUUUAUUUUUAUUUAUUUCAAUAUAUAUAGUCGGUGUA